AUGGAACAGCAGCAGAGCCUUGAAUUCAGGGAAGAAUCUUGGGAUGUGUGCAGAGAAGUGCCGAUUAUUCAAGAUGAGCAGAUACCAAAGAAACGAGUGCAGUGUUUGAAAUGGUUCUCGUGUGCCAUAGUUGGCGUACUUGUCUUUGCCCUUGCGCUGCUCAACAUGAUAACAUUUGGGAACAAUAACACUGAGAUUAUAUGUUCAGAAAAGAAGCCGGCCGCCCUACUUGGCAUCGGCUUUGUUCUGGUUGGGCCGAGUGUUCUCCUUUUGCUAAAAAGCACAUGGAAGUUCAUUUUCAAGAGUGCAGCCAUGCCCUCUAAAAAAACUGUUUUUUGGGUCCUGUGUGUUGAGUUCCUGGUAGCAUUGGGAGCUGCGAUUCUAACAAUAGUAACCAUGCCAAACUUUGACAUUGUCACUAAUGUGAUGAUCCUAAACAGUGUGAGCAUCCUGUCAGCAGUGUUCCAGGUAGUCGCUCAGUGGCUCGCCAAAGAGAAGAAGUGGCUUAUAAUGCUCCCCGUAUGCUCCAUUUUCUUAAUCGUCCUGGGUUAUGUGCUUUUUGCAGUCAGUUAUCUGGCAAUUGAACAUUCCCCUCAGAUGAGAAUAUCAAUUGGCCUUGCGAUCGUGGGCACCAUCUGUGUUUCUGUGAACUGGUGGGAAAACUACAGCACGCUCUUCUCCAUUUCAUUUCUAGGUGACAUUUCUAAAGACAUCGCUCAGUCCCGUAAUGUGGUGUGCAUCAUCUCCAGUUUGAUGAGAAUCCUGAUUACUUCAUCUGUGGUUGGAGCAUAUGUUCCUCUGUCUGGUCAGAACUGGGAAUUGGUCAAAUUCGAAACGGUCGUUAUUUCAUUGGUGGUGCUCCAGAUUUUAUCCUCUGCGCUGUGCCGCUGGUUUGUAGUUGUGGCUUGCAAGAUGCACUCCCUGCGCAGCAGCUUCGCCUUGCCCAUAUACAUGGCCUCGGUUGCAGUUUUGGCAGUGUUUUUGAUUCCACUUGCAUUUAAAGGACUGGUGUGCUUGAUCUGCUCUGCUCUGAGCUGGUGGUCGGGAUUCAUGCUCAGUACAUUUGGUUACAUCUGGUUUCGGAAGAUCGAUCGAAUAGAAAGAACCCAAGAUCUGUUCGUGCGACGCAUGUAUGAAGGAGCGUUUCUGGAACAGUCCAUGUUGCUGAACACCCGUUUUGAAAUUAUAAAGAGUACCAAGGACCAGGGGUAAGUGUUUCAACUUUCUGAGUAUGAUACUAUCAGAGUGUUUCUGUGUGCAACAAUGUGGCAUGAGACCUACGAUGAAAUGAUGAAGAUAAUCAUCUCUAUGUUCAGGCUCGAUAAAUACAGGCCCUGCGUAAAUACAAGCGACAAUCAUAGCAAUGUCCAGUUUGAAUUCCAUAUUUAUUUUGAUGACGCUUUCAUGGAUGUUCAUAAUGGAGGGCAGCGGCAUGCAAAUGAAUACGCUGAAAUUAUUGUGGAUGUAAUUAAAGAACUUUACACCAUUUUUAGUGAGGAGGAUCCAUGUAUAUUCAAGCAGACGCCACAGAAGAUCAUAAACACACCCUAUGGAGGUCGUCUGGAAUACACCCUUCCUAAAGGCAAUGUGAUGAUGGUUCACUUCAAAGACAAGCAACUUAUUCGUCACAAAAAAAGAUGGUAUCAGAUAAUGUACUUGUAUUACAUUUUUGGUUGGAGACUUAACAGACACUUCAAAAAGUUUGAUGCAAGAGAAGGACUGGAUGACCUUAAGGAGAGACUGAAGAGAGACAAGGAGAACACGUAUAUCUUGGCCCUGGAUGGGGAUACUGAUUUCCAGCCGUCCGCAGUCAUGCUGUUAAUUGACAGACUAAAACUCUACCCAGAAGUUGGGGCAGCCUGUGGCAGGAUUCAUCCAACAGGCACAGGGCCCAUGGUGUGGUAUCAGAAGUUUGAGUAUGCAGUAGGCCACUGGCUGCAGAAGACUGCAUAGCACGUGUUCGGCUGUGUACUGUGCAGCCCUGGAUGUUUCAGUCUUUUCAGAGGAGCCGCACUCAUGGACGACAACGUCAUGAAGAGGUAUACAACUAAAGCCAGUGAAGCCAGCCACUGCGUCCAGUAUGAUCAAGGUGAGGACCGCUGGUUAUGCACUCUGCUUCUGCAGCAGGGGUGGAGGGUUGAGUAUAAUGCAGCAUCUGAUGCCUACACCAAUGCGCCUCAGAAUUUUAAAGAGUUCUACAACCAGCGCAGACGCUGGGGACCUUCUACCAUGGCCAACACCAUCGACCUCUUGGGCUCAGGACGACUGACCUCUCAGAGGAACAGCUCUAUCUCAAAACUUUACAUCUUGUACCAGAUUAUCAGCAUGGCAGCUUCCAUCUUGGGCCCUGCCACUAUCUGUCUCAUGAUAUCAGGAAGCUUUAUGUUCAUUAUGGAAAUGAGUGGAAAUAUUGCUCUUGCUUUGGCCAUAGUGCCCCCUACUGUCUAUCUCAUCUUAUGCUUCAAACUGACAUCUGACAUGCAGAUUAAAAUUGCAGCAAUUAUGAGUGUGUUCUACGCAUUUCUCAUGGGGGGAACUGUUCUCUGCAUCAUAGGGGAUUUAGUGAGGCAAAAAACUUUUCUGACCCCCAGUGGUCUGUUCCUCAUCGGCAUGGUGGCGUUGUACAUCAUCACGGCAGCUUUACACCCUCAGGAGUUCUUACUGAUCAUCUAUGGGUUGUUAUACUUUCUCUGCAUUCCCAGCGGGUAUUUACUCUUGGCCAUUUACUGUAUAGUCAACAUGAACAAUGUCACGUGGGGCACUCGUGAAACCGGCGGCCAGGCUAAGACUACAGCAGUCGAUACCAUCAAGAAGAAGUUCAUGAAUGCCACAUGUUGCAAAUGUCCAUGGCAGAGGAGGUCCCACCCAAUGCUCCUCAAAGAUGAAAUCAAGUUCUGGAGAGGAUUGCAAAAAAAAUAUCUAGAACCUCUUAAAGAGAAUAAAGACCAACAGGAAAAAAUGGCUAAUGAUCUGAGAGAACUUCGAAAUAAGGUUACAUUUGCCUUUUUCUUCUGCAAUGCACUUUGGCUAGUGGCAACUUUCUUCCUUGAGACAAUUGGUGACUCAGUCUCCAUAACGAUCCCAAAACUGUUUCCUAAUGGGACUCUAUCCAAAACAGAAGUGUUUUACAUUGAUCCAAUUGGACUGAUGUUUCUACUGAGCUUUGCAUUAUUGCUGAUAGUGCAAUUUAUUGCAAUGCUAUACCACAGAAUCUACACAUUAAUCCAUUUUGUGGCGUAUGCUGGUACAGAAGUUAAAGCUCAAAGAAAGCAGUCACAUCAGGUUGCACAUAUCCAGGACUCAAACCCCCAGUAA